AUGAUAACACAAAACACCACCACAAGAAAAAGAAAGGGAGGAGGAGGAGGAGGAGGAGGGGAAAAUAUGUCGUCAGAAGUAGUGGAGGAAAGUUGGCUGGUUUAUUUUAUAGAACAAGGAUGGCUCCCUUUUUUUAUUAUGGGAGUGGUUAUACUUGGUCUCAGGAUGUACAAUGUACGCCAGCGUGAGGAGCAGCGGCAGUUACUUCGAGAAGGUCUUCUUUCGGAAUUGAAUUAUCAAAAAAUAUUAAGCAAACGUCACCGGGAGUGA